AUGCCCACCAAUGCCCAUGUCUCGUCUCGCCGCCAUCAACGCCUAUACGGCGUACAAAAAUCCGCUAUCUCUAUCCUGCCGCGCCCGAAGCUCUCUCAGGACGACCUCAAAGUCCUCGCCGCGAAAAUGCGGUCCGCAUAUUGCUGGGACGCCGAUCCCAAAGACUUUCAGCUUCGUGGGGUUCAGGCGCAAAUUGAAGGCACCGACAUAAUUGUGCAGGCCCCUACGGGCGCGGGCAAGACUGCUCUUGCCGCUGGACCCCAUCUAUGGCCUGGAAAUGAAACGAAAUUUACCAUCAUGGUUUGUCCUCUCCUUUCUCUCGAAGAAGAAAUGUGCCAAACUUUUGUUACCGAGUUUGGGCUACAAGCAAUCGCCUUGAAUAGCAAGAAUGGGGCGUGUUCCCCUCGCAUGAUCAAGGACAUACUGGCCCACAAGUACAAAAUUAUCAUCGUCUCCCCCGAAAUGCUUCAGUCGCGCACGUUCACGAACCGCAUCCUUCGCAACAGUCGGUUCAUGAAGGACAUCAUAUCGUUGUUCAUAGAUGAGGCCCAUUGUAUUGUCCUUUGGGGCGCCGACUUUCGCAAGAAGUAUGGCACACUGGGCAAGGUGCGCGCAUUUUUACCACGCGGCACACCUGUGAUCGCUGUCUCCGCUACCCUCUCCCCUCGUGUAGUUCGAGCCAUUUGGGCAUCACUACACUUCUCCCAAUCCGACACCCAGAGCCGCUACGAAAAUGAAGGCAACGACCGUGCGAACGUCGCAAUCGUUGUUCGCGCUUGCGAACAUCCUCUGAACACCUAUGCUGAUCUUAGCUUUGUCAUACCCCCCACCCUUGAGUCCAUCAACGACAUCCCAAAAACGUACAUAUACGUUGACAACAUUGCUACUGGUGGCGAAAUCAUAGACUACCUGAAUCGCCAACUCGAAAAACAUCGCGACCUCGCAACGGCUCCUGCCCCCCUCCAUGACUCGUUUUGCGGCAUCAUCCGCCCUUUCAACGCCACCCUGUCACACCGCUACCGAACGCUGGCAAUGUCCUACUUCCGUGAGGGCCGUAUUCAUGUAUUGGUCUGCACCGAUGCAGCUGGUAUGGGGUGCGACAUCCCGGACAUCGACCGUGUCAUUCAGUGGAAGCUCCCUGCCACCUUCUCGCAGUUUAUCCAACGCGCAGGACGCGCUGCUCGUGGGAGAGAUCGCACUGGGAUCGCCAUUUUACUGGUAGAGCGAUCGGCAUACAGCAUCGAUCUGUUGGCAUCCACCGACAAAGCUACCUCUCUAUCGCGCCCCAAAUUGAAAGGGAAGGCCGUCAACCGCACAGAUCGCCAGGCCGAACAACUUAAGGAGAAGCGCGACAGAGCUGACAUCCGCGAAUACGCACUCGCCCACGGUGUCGCGCGAGGAGGAUCCGCCCGAGAAGACGCCCUCCCGGAUGGCCCUCAGCCCCCCAUCCACGAGGAUAGCGCUGAUGAGGGCCUCUUGACCUUUGUCCAGAGCACCUCAUGCCGCCGCAAAAUAUGGGCGGCAGUAUUCGACAAUUCACAUCCCUUGAGCCCUGUUGUACCCUGUUGCGACAUCUGCGUGCCGUCUCUGUUGGACCGGGCACGGCCACCGUCUCUCCCACCCGAACGACGUGCACGCAAUCCCAAGCGGGGACAACCAGACUGUGAAGCACGGGACAAGCUCCGUGCUUGGAGGAAGUAUAUUUUUCGCAAGCACCAUGCGUCGGCACAAUAUGACCAGACGUCUAUCCUCGAUGAAGAGCUAAUCCUCUUACUCGUCUCGCAUGGUCCUCUCAGCGUCAAGCAAGCUCUCGAUCUUAUCAAAGAUAAGUGGCCAUUCUACGAUAUGUAUGCUGAAGAGCUGGGAGCAUUUCUCGCCGAUGUCAAGGUCAAAUUUAUUCCCCUCCCUACCAAAUCCCGCGGCCAGGAAGCCGCCCUUGUAACUCCCAUCCCUGAACAAGUUCACCUCGCAGCUCCAUCCCUCACUAGGCGAUACAAACGCGCGCCAACUCCCACGUAUCUCUCCCGCGCCAACGAGACCCCCAAGCGUCCGAGAAUAGACCCGUUACCGUCUGCGAUCCCGGUCCCGAAUAGAGGCCCACGACCGCCCAUCCUAUCUCCCACUUUCCCUGCCAUCAACACCUGGUCCUCCCUCAACUCUGUACCGCGAGCACACAUCCCUGCUUCCACCCCUCGCAACUCCGCGCUAUCCGCCUCCACUGGCAACUUCCUUAGGCCCGAAUCUCACACCGUCGCGACCACCAUCACGACCCUUUCCCCAGCACCACCACCAGCCCGCAUCCCAGCCCUAUCCUACUCCUGA